AUGAAGGACUGCAGCAUGGAGGUGAUGGAGUUCAGCAGCUGUUCCCAGUCAGGACGCUGUGAAACGUCAGACAAGCUGAGGGUCAACAUCAACGGUAGCGUUUUUGAAAUUGAUAAAAGUACUGUUACUGAGAACUGUGAGUACUUCAGAGCACUGUUCCAGUCUGGUAUGAGGGAGUGCAGACAGGAGGAGAUCCAGCUGCAGUCGGUUGGAGCUCUUGGGUUUCUGGUUCUGCUACAGGUGCUACAUGGGGAGCGACCCAUGCUUGACAGUGAUCAGAUUGUGGAAGCCAUCGAGUGCACAGCUUUCCUCCAGGUUCCACUUCUCACCAAACACUUGAUCAGUAUUAUCAGUUCUGAAAACUGUGUGCUCAUGUACCACACAGCUGCCACCUACGGAGUGUGGGAGCUGUCCCACCACUCAGCCUUGUUCAUCAGAGACAUGUACGCUGAACUGAAGGAGGAUGUGCACACCUUGCCCAGAAAACUGGUAGAAUAUGUUGAGUCGCUUCGCCCCAGCAGCUACAUGGCAGUGUGCAGUCACUCUCCAUCCUCUGAGCUGCUGCACGACAUCCAGAGAACCGUCUGCUUCCUGGACGAGGAACAAAAUGAGUGGAGGGUCUUCACACAUCUACCUCCCUGCACAAGCACCACCAUGGCAGGUGUGGCCGUCCUCGACAACAAGCUGUACAUCAUCGGAGGAGUGCACGAUGUGAGCAAGAGGGUGGUGGAGGGUGGAUUCUGUUACAACUCAAAUGAUAACUCUUGGUCCACUAUCUGCGGUCCUCAGCAGCUGCGAUAUGACUUCACACUGAUAGGUCUGGAGGGCUGCCUGUACGCUCUGGGAGGGAAGAGCAACAUGAAAGUCCUCUCAUCUGUGGAGCACUUCAGAGUGUCCAAGGGGAGUUGGGGUUUUAUCUCUCCCCUACCCUGCCCGACCGCCUCUGUAGUGUCUACUAUAGCCAUGAAUAGGAUUUUUAUCUGUCUCUGGAGAGGAGAGGGGGCCACGGAUAUCCAUGAGUAUGUGACUGAAGAAGAUCGAUGGAUUCUGGUCACUACGCUCAUUCGUCAACAUAGUUACGGUCUUUACAUGGUGGCUUAUAGGGACAAUCUGUACGUGAUGCGUAACGGACCUUGCGAUGACUUCUUACUGUGCGUGAUGGACUGCUACAAUCUUACUUUAGGUCAAUGGACAGCCGUGCCUGGUCAGUAUGGGAACAGCAAGGGCUCUCUGUUCACCGCUGUGGUCAGAGGGGACUCUGUGUUCACCCUCAGCAGACACGUCACCACUGAGUACACAGUGGAAGAUAACAGAUGGAAAGUGAAACGUCAGAUGAAAGGUUUUGGCAGAAUUGGUUCCAUAUAUACAUUUCUGAUGAGGCUUCCUAAAGCCACUGCCUCUCUAAUGGAAAACUGCCCAGGUCUGACAACAAAGCAAACUGUCAGAGACCUCAGUGUUUGUCCCAGAUUGUCCUCAGAGUGCUCUGAUAAUAUUUAA